AUGCAUCAUCUCGUCUUCUUCUGCGCCAUCUUCUCCCUACUGCCCGGCUCGGUUGCCGAGCUUCACAGACGUUCCUUUGGCGUGGACAGAGUGCGAAACCCCAGCUUCACAGGACGCAAUGGACCUCGAGCCCUGAUCAAGACGUGCAGGAAGUUUGGCAUGCCCCUGCCACAAGGCCUGGUGGAAGCCAUGGCUGCCCAGAGUAAGAGAGAAGCCGUGGCUGGCGCCAAGAGAGAGGCCAAGAGGCCCUCUAGAUGCUCUGGCUGGGGCGAGGCUGCCAGACGUCGUCUGCCGGAUCUCGCCCACACCCUGGACGGAGCCGAGCUCGGCGGACCCGGCGCGGGCGAAAGCCGUGACAGAGGCAAUCCAACCGAUGGCGGCUACGGGCAGAGCUGCUACGACAAGUCUGCAAACCAGGCUGGAAGCGUUCCCGCCGUCCCGGAAAAGAACGACGUCGAGUUCAUCUCCCCCGUCAAGAUCGGGCUCGGCGUCUCCGUGGCGGCCGGCCACGGAGCCUACGACCCGGCCAAGAGCGCCUCGUUUCGGCCCAUGAACGACUCCCGUUUCAGCAUCAGGUACGGCGACGGGUCCGGCGCAGCGGGCAUCGUCGGCACGGAUGCUGUAGACGUGGGGGGUGCGUCGUUUCCGAACCAGGCCGUCGAGCUCGCCACCGCCGUGUCUCGCCAGUUCAUGCAGGACCAGAGCGGCGACGGCCUCUUGGGCUUGGCCUUUUCCCACCUCAACACGGUCAGGCCGCAGAAGCAGAGGACCUUUUUCGACAACAUCAAGGCCUCGCUCGCGGAACCCGUCUUCACCGCCGACCUGAGAAAGGCUGCCGCGGGGACCUACACCUUUGGCUCGAUUGACAGGUCCAGGUUCCGCGGGCCCCUGGCUUGGAUCCCCGUCAACACCACCCUGGGUUUCUGGCAGUUUGGCAGCGAGAGGUUCGCCGUCAACCGAGGUCCGGUGCAGGCUUCGACGGCGGGCAACCAGGCCGUCGCCGACACGGGCACCACUCUCAUCCUCGCGGACGCCAAGGUCGUCACGGCCUAUUAUGCGCUGGUGAAGGGUGCGCAGAGCAGCCCGCAGGUCGGCGGCUUUACUUUUCCUUGCGACGCCAAGCUCCCUGAUCUCGAGCUCGAUGCUGGCGGAGUCUACAUGGCCAAGGUUUCCGGCAACGACAUGAAUUACGCCGAGGUGGGCGACGGCACCUGUUUCGGCGGCGUGCAGGCCGCGCCACCGGGUCAGUUAAGCAUCUACGGCGACAUCUUCUUCAAGUCCCAGUUUGUGGUGUUUAAUGCUGGCAACGAUACGCUCGGGAUGGCCGCUCAUGCGUAG